AUGGCCUAUAAAAGAAUGCCUUUUGUAUGUUCAAAUGUUGGCUCAACUUUUCAGAGAGCCAUGGAUACAACCUUUAAGGGCCUAAUGUAUAAACGUGUGCUUGUCUAUCUUGAUGGUAUCAGUGUUUUCUCAAAGGAUGCUAAUGCACAUUUGUUACAUUUGAAGCAGGUCUUUGAAAGAUGUAGGGAGUAUGGUAUAUCCCUUAACCAAAAGCUAUGUAUCUUUGUUGUUCACAAAGGGAAGGAGAGGCUACCAUCUCUACCAUUGCAACGAGUUCAGGUAGAGCAUCCUUUCAUGAGGUGGGGUAUUGAUUUCAUAGGCCCCAUCAACCCACUAUCAAGUGUAGGGUAUAGGUGGGUGCUGAUAGCAACUGAUUAUUUCAUAAGAUGGACCAAGGCAAUUGCCUUAAAAGAUUCCAAUGAGCAUGUUGUGCUAAAUUUCUAUGAUGACUUGGUCACUAGAUUUGGUGUGCCUGAUUCCAUCAUAUCAGACAAUGCCUUAGCAUUUUUGGGACUCAGAGUAACUGAUUGGGCUAUUAAAAAUGGCAUUCACUUUAAUACCUCCUCAAACUAUUACCCUCAAGGUAAUUGUUUGGCAGAAAGUACAAAUAAGAAUCUGAUAAGAAUUAUCAAGAGAACCAUGGAGGAGAAUCUGAGAGUUUGGUAUACAAGUCUAAAGUAUGCACUUUGGCAAGAUGGGAUAACACCCAAGUGUUCUAUUGGAAAUUCUCCAUGUGUUCUAUUUUAUGGAAAAGAGGCAAGAUUGUCUAUUUUUGUUGAACUACCAUCUUUGGAUAUUAGGCAUCAGCUGGAAAUGCUUGAAGAGGAAGAUCCAAUGGAAGUCCAAUAUGCUCAACUCCUAGAGUCAGAUGAGUAG